AUAGGGGAGUGAGCUUGCCGGAGAUGUCGCGGUUUGUCGACAAGCUGCCGUUGUUUGACCGGAGGCCGUCGCCGAUGGAGGAGGCCGAGGGCCUCCCGCGCAGCGGCUAUCUUGGGCAGCUGCACCACAACCCGUACUACCAGCAGCACAGCGCCAUGCUGCCGAUGGAGCAGUCGCCGCCGACGAACACGAAGCACUCGUCGGUCACGCUCGCGCAGCUCCUGAAGCGCGUCAACGACGCGCGCAGCGGCUCGUCGACGCCCAUCUCGUCGCCGCGCUACACCAUCGAGCUCGGCGGGUCGAAGCGGGAGUCCGUCAGCAGCGAGAGCGAGGACCGCCACUCCGACGACGGCGGCAGCGAAGGGCCGCCGCUGCCGUUCGUGCUCAAGUUCACCGACCUGACGUACAGGGUCAAGCAGCGGAAGAAGGGGUCGUGCCUUCCGUUCCGUCGUGCGGAGGCGGAGCCCGAGCUGCCCGCGAUGAAGACGCUGCUGGACGGCAUCUCCGGGGAGGCCCGGGAUGGCGAGAUCAUGGCGGUGCUCGGCGCGAGUGGGUCCGGCAAGAGCACGCUCAUCGACGCGCUCGCCAACCGCAUCGCCAAGGAGAGCCUCCACGGCUCCGUCACGCUCAACGGCGAUUCCGUCGAAAGCAACCUGCUCAAGGUCAUCUCGGCGUACGUCCGCCAGGAAGACCUCCUGUACCCGAUGCUCACCGUCGAGGAGACGCUCAUGUUCGCCGCCGAGUUCCGCCUGCCGCGCUCCCUCCCCACCAGGGAGAAGAAGAAGCGGGUGAAGGCUCUCAUCAACCAGCUCGGCCUGGACAGAGCGGCGAACACGAUCAUCGGCGACGAGGGCCACCGCGGCGUGUCGGGCGGCGAGCGCCGGCGCGUGUCCAUCGGCGUCGACAUCAUCCACGACCCGAUCGUGCUGUUUCUCGACGAGCCCACCUCCGGGCUCGACUCCACCAGCGCGUUCAUGGUGGUGAGGGUCCUCAAGAGCAUCGCGCAGAGCGGCAGCGUCGUGAUCAUGUCCAUCCACCAGCCGAGCUACCGCAUCCUCGGCCUCCUCGACCGCCUCCUGUUCCUCUCUCGUGGGAAGACGGUGUACUACGGCCCGCCCAGCCAGCUGCCGCCUUUCUUCAUCGACUUCGGCCAUCCCAUCCCGGACAACGAGAACCCGACGGAGUUCGCGCUGGACCUCAUCAAGGAGAUGGAGACCCAGACCGAGGGGACUAAACGCCUCGCCGACCACAACACGGCAUGGCAGAAGCACCACGCCAUGGCGGUUACCCAUAUGCACCACCACGCCGACGGCCGCGGGUACGGCGGCAAGCCGGCGAUGUCCCUCAAGGAGGCCAUUAGCGCCAGCAUCUCGCGCGGGAAGCUCGUGUCGGGCGCGACCGACGGCACCGUGUCGGUCGCCUCCGACCACUCGGCGCGGCCGCCGUCCGUGUCCAAGUUCGUCAACCCGUUCUGGAUCGAGAUGGGGGUGCUGACACGUCGCGCGUUCAUCAACACGAAGCGCACGCCGGAGGUGUUCAUCAUCCGCCUCGCGGCGGUGCUGGUCACCGGGUUCAUCCUGGCCACCAUCUUCUGGCGCCUCGACGAGUCGCCCAAGGGCGUGCAGGAGCGGCUGGGCUUCUUCGCCAUCGCCAUGUCCACCAUGUACUACACCUGCUCCGACGCGCUCCCGGUGUUCCUCAGCGAGCGCUACAUCUUCCUCCGCGAGACGGCGUACAACGCGUACCGCCGCUCCUCCUACGUGCUCUCCCACACCAUCGUCGGCUUCCCGUCCCUCGUAGUGCUCUCCUUCGCGUUCGCGCUCACCACCUUCUUCUCCGUGGGGCUCGCCGGCGGCGUGGACGGGUUCUUCUUCUUCGUGGCCAUCGUCCUCGCCUCCUUCUGGGCCGGCAGCGGCUUCGCCACGUUCCUCUCCGGCGUGGUGACGCACGUGAUGCUCGGCUUCCCCGUGGUGCUCUCCACGCUCGCCUACUUCCUCCUCUUCAGCGGCUUCUUCAUCAACCGCGACAGGAUCCCGCGCUACUGGCUGUGGUUCCACUACAUCUCCCUCGUCAAGUACCCGUACGAGGCGGUGAUGCAGAACGAGUUCGGCGACCCCACGAGGUGCUUCGUCCGCGGCGUGCAGAUGUUCGACAACACGCCGUUGGCGGCGCUGCCGGGGGCGGUCAAGGUGCGGGUGCUGCAGUCCAUGUCCUCCUCGCUCGGCGUCGACAUCGGCACGGGGACCUGCAUCACCACGGGGCCCGAUUUCCUCAAGCAGCAGGCCAUCACCGACUUCGGCAAGUGGGAGUGCCUCUGGAUCACCGUCGCGUGGGGCUUCCUCUUCCGCAUCCUCUUCUACAUCUCGCUGCUGCUCGGCAGCCGGAACAAGCGGAGGUAGACGACGACGACCACCACCACCACCACCUUGCUCGUGAUGGCGAUCGAUCGUCGCCGGUUGGAUGCAUGGGCCGGCUUCGUUGGCGCAAGCGACGUGGGACACCCGUUGGUUGCGGUUGGCGUCCAGCCUUCCCUUGCAACCUUUUUUUUUUCACUUGUUGAACAUUUCGAUCUUUUUGAUUAACCGCCCGUGAUUAACAUGGGAUGGGAGUUGUUUGUAAAAUUUGCGUGUAAGUUGUACGUUACCACUGCCAAGUCUGAAAUUGUAUCAGGAUGAUAUGCUAUUUUUUCUGUUCUUUAAUUCCAGUUUUCCCGUUGCCUGCAAUGAUUUUUUUUAAUAAAUUUUCAUGA